AUGAAGUUUCUUGCCGUACUGGUUCUGAUUGCGUGCGCAGUGGCUGUGGCCAACUCAGGGAGGACGAAGAAAUACGGAGGAGGUGGCCGCAGGGGAGGCAACGCAGUCGGGCACGGUGGAAGCUAUGGAGGAUCUCACGGUAGUGGUGGAAGCGGCAGCUACGGAUCGGUAGUCAGCAAAGGAUACGGUGGCAGCAGUGGCGGAGGAGGCUACGGGGGUCGUAUGUCCAGCGGAGGCAGCGGAGGCAGCGGAGGGUACGGAGGGGGGAAAAGUGGAGGAUAUGGUGGAGGAUACGGCAGUGGCUCAUCGGGAUCUGGAGGACACUUCAGUGGUGGCUCUGGGGGAUCUCGCGGCAGCUCCUCCGGGAUGAGAUCGGGAGGUCAACACGGAGGAAGUAGAGGCGGACAAGGAAGUGGCGGCAUGCGUCAAGGCUUUGGCGGAGGAUAUGGCUCAGGGUCAAGUGGGUCAAGUGGAAGCCGGUUCGGGAUGUUCUCCAGAGGAGGAGGAUCUGGGGGCUCCGGACGCGGUUCUUCCUCCGGAGGCCACGGUUCCCGCAUGGGAGGAAGUGGAGGUAGCCGAAGGGGUUCAUCCAGUGGUCACGGUGGCAGAGGAUCCGGGUCUGGAAUGAGCGGCGGCAGACGUGGUGGACAAAUGGGCGGACGCAACGGAGGCAGGGGCAGCAGCCACGGAAGCGGAAUGCGCCAAGGGAGUGGAGGAAGAGCUUCCUCCCGCUACAUGGGACAUCACGGCUAAGCCAGACAUGAACAUUUCACAGAUAAUGGCGUUGUGAGAUUUCUGUCGUAAAAUAUUAUGCUUUUAAACAAAUUUAUACUGAGUGUGUGUGUGUUUCUAGGGCUUUGUUUGAUUUUUAUAGAUAUGUUCUUCUUUCCAAGAAGUUUGUUUGUUGCUGUCAUAACGAGUGGGUGACCGAAAGUAAAUAGCGGGGACAUAAAACACUUUAUAACACCAAAAUUGGCUGACGUCAUAAUCUAUACUUUAUUACUUUGUUAGUAACAAUAAAAGAUUAAAAAGGGGAAGUGAUUGUUCACUUCUGGGUAGAAACUGUUCUAAUUUUGGAUUGAAAAUGAAGAUUAAAACCUACAGUUCCACCGCUUGUAAUUGAAGAUGUAGCAAUUGAAAUCACAAAUUCGCUCAAAUUCGAAUGUCUUGGUCUCAGAAUCGAAAAAAAAGUGUCGUCUUACUUUUUACAGAUCAUAUAGACUGGAGGUCAGAUACCCAAAGCUAACUGAACGAUAACUGGCAAGAUGCAUGCAGGCUUUAAUACGCAAUUGUUAUCCUGUCUUCUGUAACAAAUAUAAUUAUUUCAUGAUAUAAAAA